AGAAGGGAGUUGCAGAGAGAGAGGAAAUGGAGAGCCGCGGCGACAGCUCCUCCUUCUCGAGCCCCCGAGCCUACCUGCGGGCGCUGGCCCAGACGCCGGCUCGCCUGGCCCGCCGGGCCGGGUCGGUGUCCACGUCCCGGGAGGAGAUGAGCCGGGUCCGGUCCCGGUCGGGGCCGAGCAUGGCCAGGACCCUCCGCUGGUUCGACCUCGUCGGGCUCGGCAUCGGCGGUAUGGUGGGCGCCGGCGUCUUCGUAACCACCGGCAGGGCCAGCCGCCAAUGCGCCGGCCCGGCCGUCGUCCUGUCCUACGCCAUUGCCGGCCUCUGCGCCCUCCUCUCCGCCUUCUGCUACACCGAGUUCGCCGUCGACAUGCCCGUCGCCGGCGGCGCGUUCAGCUACCUCCGCGUCACCUUCGGCGAGUUCGCGGCGUUCUUGACCGGUGCAAAUCUCAUAGCGGAGUACGUGCUGUCGAACGCCGCCGUCGCGAGGAGCUUCACCGCCUACUCCGGCACCGCCAUCGGCAUCUCGUACACCAAGUGGCGGCUCACCGUCCCCGGGCUCCCGAAGGGUUUCAACGAGAUCGACCUCGUCGCCGUCGCCGUCGUCUUGAUCAUAACCCUCAUUAUCUGUUACAGCACACGUGAGAGUUCAAAGGUGAACAUGACGUUGACGGCGCUUCACAUCCUGUUCCUAGCAUUCGUGAUCCUGAUCGGGUUCUCGAAGGGCGAGCGGAGGAACUUGACCGAGCAGGGCGACCCGAGGAGCCCGGGCGGGUUCCUCCCGUACGGCGCCGCGGGCGUGUUCAACGGGGCGGCGGCGGUCUACUUGAGCUACAUUGGGUACGACGCCGUCUCGACCAUGGCCGAGGAGGUGAAGGACCCCGUUAAGGACAUCCCCAUCGGGGUGUCGGGCUCCGUCGUCCUCGUCACCGUGCUCUACUGCUUGAUGGCCGUUUCCAUGUCCAUGUUGCUGCCUUACGACAUGAUCAACGUGGAGGCGCCGUUCGCGGGGGCGUUCCGAGGGAAGGGAGGGUGGGAGUGGGUGUCGAACGUGAUCGGGGCCGGGGCCAGCUUCGGGAUCCUGACGUCCCUGAUCGUGGCGAUGCUGGGGCAGGCGCGGUACAUGUGCGUGAUCGGUCGGUCCGGCGUGGCCCCGGCCUGGUUCGCCCGGGUCCACCCCGGGUCAUCCACGCCCGUCAACGCUUCCGCUUUUCUGGGAAUCUUAACGGCGGCCAUUGCUCUUUUCACGGACCUAGACGUCCUCCUCAACCUCGUCUCCAUUGGCACCCUCUUCGUCUUCUACAUGGUGGCCAACGCGGUCAUCUACCGCCGCUACGUGGUGGUUGGGACCACCGACCCGCGCCCCACCUUAUCAUUCCUAUCCGCGUUCUCCCUCACCUCCCUCCUCUUCGCCCUCAUAUGGCACCUAGCGCCUCCCGGCAAGCCCAAGUACUUCAUGCUUGCUUCGUGCGCGCUCGUCGCCCUCGUGGUCGCGCAGCUGUUCCAUUUCACCGUCCCGCAGGCCCGCCGGCCCGAGUUCUGGGGCUUGCCCCUCAUGCCAUGGAUCCCCUGCGUUUCCAUCUUCCUGAACAUCUUCCUGCUCGGGUCGCUCGAUGGCCCAUCCUACAUGCGGUUCGGGGUCUUCUCGGCCGCCGUGGGGCUCAUCUACGUCUUCUACGGGGUCCACGCCAGCUUCGACGCGGAAGGGGACCUGUCGGUCGGGCCAAAAUGCGUCGAGCCGGUGAAGGAACCGGAGGGAGUCGAGAACUAUAGUCUCAAAGUGUAGAUUAUCUUCUCCUUUUCCAGCACAGCUCUUCUUUCAAAUAGCUUAAGUUUUAGACUUCGGUCUAUCUUUUCCUUACAUGCUCUACCGGUGAAUAUGCUCAAAAGGGUGAAAGCAAAGAGCAAACUACCGUGUAAUUUCUGUAUGGAAACGCAAGAUGUACAGCUCCUGAGAAGCCUUCCAAUUUCACCAUACAUUUUCAAAGAGAAUUCGAGAUUCCACAUC